UUUUAACUAGGUGGCAGCCCAUUGAUUGCACACAAACAAAAAACAAACAAAAUAGAAUUAACUAAUAAGUUUAAUAGUAAUACUACCCAAGACUUGGAAAUGAUCUCUACGUGACACUGACAGAUUAAACAACAUUGUACGUGGCGUCAUCUCGAAGGAGUCUCUUGGAAAUUAAAUAUUGAAAUAGUUGCUGCAAUUAAAAAUACAAAAUGGAUGAGAACAAGUCAUUUAAAUGCAAUGUCCCUGGAUGCGAAAAGGCGUUCUGGUUUAAGUCGGCAUUAACGCGACACUUGAAAAGACACAAAGAAAAAGAAGAUCCAGAUGCACCCGCAGUUACAUUUGGUUGCAGUGAUUGUCCAAAACAGUUUGCUAAAAUCGAGUCAUUGCGACGACACUAUAGAACGACGCAUGGCAAUGUAUAUGUGUAUCCAUGCGAAUACGAGGGCUGUAAUCAAAUGUUUCAGCGGAGGGACAAUCUUACCAGGCAUGCGGCCUCGCACAGUGAGAACAAGAAUAAUUGUGAUGUUUGUGGUAAAUCUUUUGCUAGAAAAGAUGCCUUAACCAGACAUAAAAGAAUACACACGAGAAAAGUGCAAUCAUCAAAAAACACAAAGAAUGGACGUACUUCCACCCAAGAUAAUUUAAAUACAACUUCUGAUGAAGCGUGGACACUAAAAUGUGAUGAGAUGAUAUUUCAAAUCGAUGUAAAGAAAGAAGAAUCAAAAGUCUGACUGUUUUCCGUGUCCGUUUCAGACUCCAAAGAAAAAACUUCAAUCUAGGAGCAUAACAAAAGAUGAAUAAAAAACAUUUUCGGAUCGAGGUUUUUACGAAUAAUAUCAUAUAUGAUAGGGUAUAAAAAUUCUUUGCUCAGAAGAAUGACAGGAAAUGUUAUUGUGCUAUAACAUUGGAAAAUUUAUAAUAAAAUCUUUAUAUUAGUAAUA